GGCUACGUCCGCUACGACAACGAUCUCAAUGGGCCCAGAGCUAAGUCUGGCAGGAGCUCGGUUAAAAUCUGUUUACACUAACACAGUGAAAGCCAAGAAAAGUCUUGAUGCAACGUCAAUGCUCGCUCAAUGUAGAGAUAAUAGAUAGCUUAAGAUCUAGGACGUCGACGUCAGCUAGGACGUCAGGACUAAGCAGAGGACUGGGACUACAUUAGGAAGACAUCCUGUAGUCCCGUCGACGUCGUAGAUCUUAAGCUAUCUAUAAUGACUGUACUAGAUAGUAUAACAGUUAGUUAGCAUCAGCCUUAAUUGCUAGUAUUAUAUUGAUUUUAUUGAGCUAACUCUUAUUAAUAUUUUUUUGCAUAUUGUUUUCCGUAACCUUUGCCUCGUUCAAGGUAUAACAAUCCUUAAAAUAAGUAUUAUACAAUGCGGUAAUGCUAUAACAAUUUUUUACCCUUCUGAGGAAAAUGCGGAAUAUGUGCCCGAACCGGUAGCUUGGAGUGUCGCUAUAGUUCUUACACAGCCAGGCAGGUAACCGAAAUAGAAUAACGUAAUUUUGUAUAAUAACUUGCGAUCAAUUAAUCUCUCCAAAACCGUGCAUGCAUAACUUCUGGCAACAUCACAGUAACCAAUAUCCAUUGUCGGUUUCACUGACCUUCUCGCGCCGGAAAAAAGAGUUUUAUUUUACAUAAUGCAUUAAUUAAAUUAUUCCUCGUAAAAUUAUUACAAUAUUCUUAGAUCCUUAUAGACAUUUGGUGUAUAAUAUUUUAAUAUUUUCUUAACUCGUAAAUAUAUAACCGUAAUUCAUCCUAUUGACUGCAAUGUUUACAUGAAAUAAACCAUCUAUCCCGGGUUUGACAGAAAUUAUGGGAAGUUUUUAACACUUUGUGUAAUUGCAUGCCGUGCAAUUUUGUUUGUCGUUCUGAUAUUAUAUGAGGAGUUUUUGGAGAGAUUAUAUUGAUCACAAUUAGUUUAAGUUAAGCUAUAAUGAAUUAGGCUAUUCCGAGUAGCUGUCAAAAUAACCAGCAACAUUUCAACUGAUGGGUGUUAUAGCCAGAAGGACAAGGUGUUAUUAUUUUAACACUAGUUGGUAACACUCUAAUCUGCAAUUAUUUCUUUUAAUAACAUAAUCUAAUCUGCGUACUGGUUAUAAUCGCUCGUUCCAUCUUGGCCGUUCAUAUGGUUCUAAUCGCUCGUUCCAUCUUGGCCGUUAAUAGGGAGUUUAAGAUUCGCGUUUCCGGGAGCGGCAAACGACUGGGUCAAACUUUCUUGGCAAAAUUGUCGUUGAACGUUUUCGUUUCAUAUUUUCUUUCUUGUGCCGAAAAAACAAUCGUCCAUUGCAGUUUUAAAACAGCUAGUUCAUUUGCUCUUUAUUGCCUAAUGCCGUAAAAUUUUUGUCCGCCUGCAUGGCCUUUGCCGUAUAACACAAAGCUUAAGCUCUCUAAUAUUAACAAAUUGUGGCCUAGCCUAAACUAAUGCAAGCCUACAGUAAUGCAAGUUUUGUGGCAAAGUGAAGAGACGAAACCACGCCGCUUUGUAAACAUGACAAUAGUUUAUGUAAUCAAAGUUUUGUCGUGCUUAUGCAGAUAUACAGUACAGCAUUUCUGUGUUUGCCAAAUUUAUUUUCUUUCUUAUAUAGGCUAUAGUGCGUGACUCUCACGAUUGAUCAAAACCAAAAUUUGCAUUGUGAAAAUCAUGAUAUCAAUAAUAGUAAAAUAUGUUUAAAAUACAUUAAAAUACAAAGAAACAGCUUAGGCUAUUCCCAAACGUUGUCAAUUAAGCUACUCUAGUUCGAAUGUACGAAAACUUCUAAUGAUUUUGGCCUUCGACAUGUUUGUCCGGUCGCUGCUAAGUAGAACCACUUAAUAAAACCUAUCUUGCAUAAUUUAUCUAUAUAUAUAGAUGUACAGCAUUUCUAGAAUGAAUUAUAAUGUACAUGCAUGCAACAGGUGCAUGCGGCAUAUUUCCGGUUCGUAAACCGCCGGGGUCACCAGAAUAACAAACAAUGUCAUCACUUUCAGUGUGCGUCACAUCCGGUGAAUAUUACCCGCGAGUCCCAACACACAAACGCAACAGACACAAACAACACGACGUCUGCACGAACUAGAGUUGGGUGAUACUAGAAUCAUAUCGUGAUUGUCGUCUAGGAAAUUAUCGCGAUAUUUGAUAACAUUUCGAUGAAUGCAAUAAGCACAUUCGCGAUUUUAAUUCACAUAAAAAACAUAUUAACAAAACAAACUAGCUGCACUAUAACACCAGAUAUAUUUUUGACACGUCUGAUUAUCAAUGUUAAGUACCAGUUAAGGCUGUUUGUAUGAUUUAUUAAUUAUUAUAACAAUCUAGACUUUAUAACAAACGUACUUGCAGGGAGGUGAGUCCGGGAUUGGACGCACCGAGGGUGGCUGGAAGUUUCCCGAACUUACCGAGCGAAGCGAGGUAAGUUCGGGAAACCUCCAGCCACCCGAGGUGCGUCUAAUCCCGGACUCACCGAACCUGCAAGUACGUUUGUUUUUUAUCCCAUACACCGAGCCAUACACACAUUUGUAGCUCUUCGCGAUAUAUUCGUCGUGUUUUGUGAACAUUUUCCCGGCCAAAAAAAUCACUGGGCAAGAAAAUACUUCUUUAUUUACGUCUACAUUACCUUUACUGCAUUUUUUCUUUGGUUUUUCUUCAGUCUCAGUAUGUUAGUCACCGAAAAAAGUUCUUUAAAGUUUAGGUUUGUCGGCUAAAUCUUGUCCGCCAUAUUUGUUAUUGUUAUUGCAACGUAAGCAGUUUAGCGGGUGAGUUCGGGCGAAAAGCAGGUGAGUUCGGCAAAAAGCAGGUGAGCUCGACGACAAGCUCACCUGCUCUAAAUCAAUCAGAAAGCCGCUUUUAACACAGGUAUGGGAUAAUAUAGCAAACUAGGUAAACUUGAGCAACACUAGUGGAGAACAUUCAAACACAACUAUGUCCGAAAACCCACAUGAGUUCCCGUCCAGUUUGUACGAAGUUUGGUGACUAAUGCCUAUUUGCAUAACAUCUCUCUUUCUGAGGAGAUUUCAGAUCACGUGUUAUAAGAGUCUCUUUGAUAAUGGUAUGGCGUUGAUUCUUAUAUAAGUUAAAAACUAAUUAAUUAUAAUUAUGUACUAUUUAAAGCACUUGUAGUCGUGUUUUAUCACAUAUAAAACACUCCGCUGGCUUCAAAAACGACUCAUCUUAUACGAGUUCAUUGGCGAAGUAAUUUUUAAAAUAAACUUUGUCUAAACCGAGAAAAUCAAAGCUAAAGUUUAAUUUAUGUAAAUUAACAUGAUUUUUUAUCACAUGGUGGAGGUGACCAGUCAAGGACUCUAAUUCCUGACGGUGACAAGUACGCUUGUUGGACCAAGAAUGGAGGGGUGACAUUCAACGGUUGAACUUUUCAGCUGGCAACCUAGCAAUUUGAGUGACCGAGACGAGCUCAAUACCUAAGAACACCAAGCAGGUUGCGGGGCCCUCGCAUUUCUCAUGGGAGACCCAAGGGAGGCAGACCCAAGUGGUUGAAGACGGUAAACGAAGUGUCGACGUGGGCUUGGCACACUGGAGACGACGGGGGACCCAAAGUUAAAAAUCAUCGAGGUAGGGAACAACGGGUGAACAUGGUAGUUGUUUGAAAGAAUCCAAUGAACAGCGGACGCCACCGAAUCAAAAAUGAAAGGAGCAGACCUGAGGCCAAAAGGUAGCACCAAGCCAUAUUAAAAGAGUCUCGCCAGUACAUGCCUAACAGAGGUCGGUCGGAGACGUUGAUCGGAAUGUUAAGGUAGGCGGCUUGCACGUCGAACUUGGCCGUUAAGACCCCUUUAAGACCCCGUUAAGAUCGCAUAGAGAAGGGAUCCUUAGGUAUACCAUCGUUAAUGCUUGCUCCUUGGGGAGAAGAAAGGUCAAGGAUGGGGCGCCACUUCCCCGGUUGAUGACGUUUCGGAAUAACCCCAAACGGACUGGUUUGGAGAGAGGGUAGUGAGGGUACGGAUAAGGACCAGCCACCCGGAGGUGAGCGACUUCCGCCGAGAGAUAUUUGUCGAACACGUCCGGGUGUUGAGACACCGACUUGAGAUCGCGCAGCGACAGAAAAGGGACCACACGCUCUGGAACGAAACCCACACAGAAACCGUCGCGAAUUCCCGCCAACACAUAAUCCUUGCGGGCAUGGGCGUACCGGGCGGGGGGGGGGGCAGGGGGAUGGGGGCGGUAGCCCCCCAGUUUGUUGGGCAGUCUGGCAAUAUUCGCUUAAUAGUCGGGCAAUUUUGGUUUAUUAAAAAAAUAAAUUGGACAAAUUCUGUCAAUUUUGUGAUGUUUCCAAAAUUUUUGUUAGGUUCCGGAAAAUUUUGGCAUGUCCGGGAAAAUUUUUUGACCACUUAAAUGGUACACUGACCGAAAUUGUUUUGGCGACGGGGGGGGGGGGGGGGAAGGUCGCCAAAACAAAAAGUCGGGCAAAUUUCUUUCCGCCCCCCUAAAUUUUUCCUUCCGAUACGCCCAUGCUUGCGGGGACUAGGAUACUCCCGGAGCUCGUGCACAAAUUAUUAUUAUUAUUAUUUAAAAUUAUUUAUACACGGUAGCUUAUCAAUCUAUUUCUACUAAAAAUAUAGAGAGUUUUCUGAUAGUGAUAAAGUUUCAAAUAAUUAAAAUGUUUGUAGGUUUUCAUAAGGCCCAGCUGUAGAAAUUUAAGCUAAGCAGUAGAACAACAAUUUACUAAAGUAUAGUAAAUAUCAUGGAUAAACAGGACAUUAUUACAUUUAUAAUAUUCCAUUAAAAAACCCGAAAAAAAUAUACACUCUUACUAGUAACAGUUUAUUGAAAAAGAUGUUUUAUAGCAGUCACUGGCAACUUGAAAAAUUGUUCAAAAAUGAAUUAUUUUCGCGAAUGAAAACUCUCUCAGAGAUCGUGAGAUUUAUCAAUUCAGUUGGCAAAUUAUUUGAAGUUUUUGCACCUUGGUAGCUAAAAUUUCGCUUUAGUGCAUUUGUUCUUGGUUUUGCCAGUUUCAGCAUCGUAUAAUUACUGCGUAAUUUGGCAGGUCAUUAACAUAUAAUAAGAAUAGUGUUGAUAGGUUAUAUUAACAUUUAUUCUAAUCAUGCAUGUAAACAGUAUAAAUACAGUAGGUUCUUAUUAUGUAUGUUACUUAUAGGUCCUAGAGAAUAAUAAAGCAAUAUUAACAUGGUGGCAGCUAGUGGGUUUUAGACAAAUAUACACGUCUAACAUCUCGGUACAAAGAGCAACUUAACAUUAAAUAAUGGCUACGAACUUGCCAUUUCCAAUAUUCAAAAGUACAGGAGACGACAAGCGCGACAUGGAGAUCUUUGAAGAAGAUUUAAAAGAUUACUGUACGUAAAUAAUUGGUAUGACCCGUCAAGGGCAACCGAAGAAGAAAGAUUUUUAUUUAUUUAUUUUUUAUUUUAAACAUUUUCCCCAUGUACAAUAAAUUUAUGUGUAGUAUAUUUACAAUAAUUGUAGAGUGCGGGCUAGAGACCUACUAGAAAUCUUAGUAGACUUUUAUUUAGGUCUCUAGUUAUGCUAGUUUGUAUUGUGUUAUGUAAUAAAUUACUUACAGUCAAUCACAAUAUUAAAGGAAUAUAUAUAUAUUUACAAGAGAGAAAAAGAAGAGAAAUUGUUCUUAUUAUAGAAGUGAAUACCAAUGUUGUAGAUGCAUUUGGGUUCUUAUAAGAAUUAGACUACAAUAUACUAUUAAAUUUGUCAUAUAGCAGAAUGUUUUAUAGCAUAUCUUAUACAUUGUAUAGUAAAAAUUAUUGUUUAAUUUGCUUUUUGAAAGUGCUGUAGAAAUUUAUAUCUAUAAAUUUUGUUUCUAAUGAAUUCCGUACGUCAACUCCUUUAUUUGAGGGAGUGUGUUCUACAUAAUUUGUUCUUUUAUAACAUUUGUGAAGUUUUGAUGCAUUUCUCGUGUUAUAGCCUAUUGAUGAAUUUGGUUGUUUGUCACAAAAUAAUCUUUAAAAAAUUCUGGUAAAUUAUUAAGAUGAUGGUAUCGAAACAUAAAUAAAGCAGUUAAAUAGUCGUUGAUUUUGAAGAUGUUGAGGAUAUUUAAAUCUUUGAAAAUUGGUUCACUGUGAUCAAAGUAAGAUUUGAAUGCCAUUAAACGCACUAUUUUUUUUUGUAUAUUCAUUAUUUUUUGAAUUCUGUUUUUGUAAGUAUUACCCCAUGUUAGGUUGCCGUAAAUCAAGUUUGGAUAGACUAAUGCAUAGUAUAUCAGUUUUACAGUAUUUCGGUUCACGAAAUGUCGUAUUUUAGCUAUUAUACCAGCAGCUCUAAUUAAUUUGUUUGCUACCUUAGCUAUAUGAUCUUUCCAGGUCAAACAUUCGUCAAUGACAAUACUAAGGAAUACUGUAUUUUUAACUUCUUCAAUAUUAUUACCAUUAAUGUUAAUUUUAAUGUCUUGCUUUGGUUUUUUAUUUGAAGAUCGGAAUAAUAUUACUUUUGUUUUUCUAGUAUUUAGAGAUAACUUAUUCGCAUUUAACCAUUCAGCAACUUUAUCAAGAUGGAUCAAAACUGACAAAGCAAUAGCUUGCUUUCGAGCGUGUCUUACAGCUUAGGUCUUAGCGAAGCAGGGCAAAAGAAGCCUCAUUCAGUACUUCAAGCAUUGCGAGAAUAUUACGGCGCAAGUAUUGGAGUCUCGGGGGAACGGCAAAAGUUUCUUCGCUUACUGCAACAAGACGCUGAAUCGAUAAGUUCAUGGGAGUCCCGUAUACAAAAUCAGAGUGCUCAGUGCGAAUACGAGAGUUUUGAAGACGAACUCAUGCGAGACCAAUUCAUAUCAGGCUUAGCAUCAGAACAACUCCGUGUUAAGCUCAUCGGCAAAGGUCACAGACAUAAGGACGGUGAACGAGCAAAGGUUACCCUGCGAGAAGUUUUCGAAGUUGCUAAAACAUUUGAAGCAACGACAGCGACAAAUCAACUCAUGAAAACGGCCAGAGAAACACAAGUGUAUGAACAAGUCAAUUAUAACAAUAAUACGAAACAAAAGCAAUCGAACCGUGACCCGUGUUUUUGGUGUAGUGGUCAACAUAAGCAACCCCGUCAGAGAUUCUGUCCAGCGUAUUCGAAAAAAUGCAACAAAUGUGGCACACUCGGACAUUUUGCCAGAGCUUGUAGAAACGCUGGAAACGUCCCUGGAAGCGUCGAGAGUCGAAAACCAUACAUGCAACUGCAACAACAACAAUAUGCAAAUUGGACGGGCGUUGAGAAACUUUACAUGAAGUAUGCGUUUAUUAUACUGCGGGCUCAAAAACAAACGUUGUUGUGACGUUUUGAGAGAACUGAGUUGUUUAAAAGGAAAUUGGUCGUUUUGGACGCUGUUUUGGACGCUGUUUUGGACGCUUUUGCAUCGUGAAAACUUGUUAUUAUUGUCGAUUUUGUAUUGCUCUGUUGGCUGGCUUGAAUCACGAAGAUUUGACUGUUUUUGAACGGUAAAAAUGAGCAUAAUUUGACUGAUUUAUUUCCGUACAGGUGACGGUCGUAAUAUUUUAACUUAGACAGUCUCAGUUUAUUCAUUUAUAUAUGUAUUGUGUAAGGUUAAUAUGUAUGUUUUGGUAUUUCUGUAUUAUUUCGCUUUGUAAGUUUAUGAAUAUUUGUCUUUUUAGCGUGAAAAAUAAAACCCUUCGUUACUGUGAGUGGUGUGUACUUCAUGUAACAUUUAAUAUACAGUCCCCAAAUUCAAGUAUUGAAGGCGCGUGGGUUGGUCGUCAACAAACAUCGAAACGAGGCUCAUUGGCGUGAACACAAAUCAAGUUGAAGUCGAAGAUAAUUAUGUAAAUGAAGAAUUGUUCAUGACAGAUCACGAUAUGAACAAACAAGAAAAUGCAAAUGAACGAAAAUUCUUCGCACAUCUAACCGUUGUCGAAACCAAUCGAUCAAAGGUUGUCAAAGCACUAAUCGAUUCAGCGUCACGUACGUACAUGCAUUCUACAUCAACAUUUCCCGAACAUUAAAAUUGAGAAAACCAAAGCUGCGAUCCAGACGUAUGGAGAUGAACGGAUAAAACCAAAGGGCAAAUUGACUUUCUGCUGCGAAAGGAAAGGAAAAUUGCAUCUACUUGAUUUCCUGGUAGUCGACGUACCUCGUGGAAAGGCGCCAUUGUUGAGUGGUCGAGACGCAGAAAUCCUGGGAUAUUUGGAUAUUCAUGCAGAUGAGAUUCAUUCCGUGAAUGAAGUAAAAACGGACAAGAAUUCAAAUGUGCAUAAUCAGAAAAUCCAGAAUGAACAGCUCAAUCAUCAGAAUUCAGAGUGCAAUGCCUAA